UCUUAGUGUGGCGCGAGCCGUCGUGCGGUUCGGUGGUGUUGUUGUUGCUCCGUACACGGCGUCGUCGGAACACGAGAGACGCGCGGUUUCUUUUUCUUUUUUUUCCUCGGUCGCGUUCGGCCAUACGGAACGCGCACGUGUGUGUGUCAGUGUCCGCACAGACGUUUAAUACACGGUGCGAUCGUGAUGGAGCAAUUAUCGGGCCGCUCUUAUUAUAGGCCUGUAUCGCACCGCGAUCAACGGCAGAUAUAUUAAGUGUUCAGAAAACAGCUGCCGAAGCUCACCGAUGCAUCUCAGAAACUUAUUUUGUCUGCUCCAUCAGUUAAAACAUGUGAGUACUGGUUUUGACGAUUCAAAAGUGGUAAUUUUCAUUUGAAAGACAAAGAAACGUUCAGGUCAGCUAAAAUAGUUCGAAGAUACCGAAUUACAGGCAUUGUUGAAUGAAAACUCAAUUUAAACGCUUCGAGAAUUAGCUGAAGCAUUAAAAGCUGGUAAAUCAACCAUUUCUGAUCGUUUAUACGCAAUGGAAAAAAUUAAAGAAGAAGGCGAAUGGGUCUCAAAUAAAUUAUCUAAAUUGGCUAUUCAAAAUCGUUUAACCGUUUGCACUUCAUUGCUUUCUCGUCAUAAAAAAGUAGUUGUAUUAAAUUGUAACUGACGAUGAAAAAGGGAUCUACCAUGAUUUACUAUAAUUCUAAAUAUAAAAAAUCGUGAGUAAAUCUAAGCCAAUCAUCACUCGAAAACACAACAUCCACGGAAGGUUUUAUUGUGCAUUUGGUGGGAUAUGAAAAGCGUCGGGUGUAUUAUGAGGUACUGAAACCGAAUCAAACAGUCACUGCUGAGCGUUACCAACAAUUAAUCAAUUUGAAUUGUGCUUUGAACCAGAAACGUCCAAUAAUAGCAAUAAAGAAAACGCAAAGUGAUUUUGUUGCACGACAAUGCUCGACUAUACGUUGCAAAAGCAAUUAUAGAAACGUUAUCGACACUUCAGUAGGAAGUCUUACCACAUGCCGCGUAUUCACCAGAUUAUGCACCUUCAGAUUAUCACUUAUUUCGAUCGAUGCAUCUUGCUGACCAGCACUUCAAAACGUAUGAAAAAAUGGAAAAAUGGCUCGAUGAAUGGAUUGUUUCGAAGGACGAACAUUUUUUUUAUCGCAAAAUUCCCUUAUUGCCAGAAAAGUGGGAAAAAGUUACAGCUAGCGAUGGAAAAUAUUUUGAAUAAAAUAUAAUUUAACGUCUUUCUAAAGAAAACUUUUUUUGCAAAAAAAUCCCUCAAAACCAACCGGAACACCUAAUGUAUAUUCAGUGGAUAGUACAGAGAGCAGAGACACGAAUUAUUGCACAGUGGAGACGUGCGGGAAGCGGCACGGGCAGCGCGUGGUAUGAAAAAAUGAGUCGAAAAGAGAAAGAAAGAAAGAGAGAGAAUAGAUCUGUAUUUUUUCCACGGCGCACACUGCAGUACAACACUUUCGAUGUCGAUGAGAACGCAUCGCGCUGGACAAGAGAGAAGGCGUCAGCAUUCUGCGAGAGGAGAGGCCCACACGAAACCGCACAUGAAAUGGAAGCGCACGAGUGCGAAACGCCACGGAAAACUCUCACGGAAGUCGUUUCUCAGGCUCGGUCUCCCACGUAUUUAUCAGCCGAGCGCUAACGAUCGGAUAUCGUGACGCGGGCGCCAUGCGGGUGACGAAACUACGGCGCGCGUUCGCCCAUUCGCUACGCCGCGGUGGUACGUCCGUCCAUCCGUCUGUCUGUCUGUCUGUCUGUCCAUCCAUCCGUUUGUCCGUUGGCCCGUGUGGCUCCUCGAAAAUGCGUACGUUUACGUGACACGUCGUAUGCGUGCUCGGCGGCGGGGUGACGUUGUUCCUGGCCUCGUGGGAGGAAAUCCGCUCUCGUUCAUCGCUGUAACCUAUAUAAAUCGAAUGGGCAUGGAUCAGAGGCCGUCAAAAGUUGGAAGCAGAGAGAAAGAGAGGGAAAGAGAGAUGGAGAAGCUUUCCUCGAAAAACACGAAAAACGUCAACGAAAAGUAACGGAACAAAAAGAGGGGCGCCCUUUGACGUGUGACGUGGUUUUUUCGCCGAUAGUCGCGGACUGUUUCUUCUGCCAUUUGAGGUACUAAUGGCCCCCGUAAUGCAAUCACGCUAUACUACGGUACGCCAUAGUGCCGCGGAGACUUCCGGCCCGCCACAGGAAGCGAGACACACGUGUUCGGGCGUGUGUGUUCCCAUAAUACGAUCGCACUCCCUCCCUUUCCUCCGUCCCUGCCUGUGCCUCCCUUCCUCGUCCUUUUUCCCUGCCGGCUCCUACUCUACAAUACGUUUUGCAUUCGACGGUCCUCUCAGGAAAAAAAAACGGACGCACCGUUCGCUCGCUCGCUCGCUCGCUCGCUCGCUCGCACGCCCGUCCGUCCGUCCGUCGCAACACGCACGAAGAAAAGUGAAACGGAACCACGAGCGAGGAAAAACCGGCACUAGAAAGAUAACAUCGAUACGAACACGCAAAUGGUCGGCCGUAUAUUGGUAGAGAUGUUUCGUGCUGCCGCUAACAAUGGAACAAAACUUGUUUUGCCAGAGAUUAUGCACUGUGUACAGCCAAUUAUCAAGGAUACCGACGCCCAAGUUCGGUCGGACCUGGUGGAACAGCUUCCGCAUGUGGCGGUGAUUUGCCAUGAGGCGCCGCAGCUCUUCGGCCGAGAUGUUCUUCCAAAUCAUCUGCUCGGUAUUAUCAUAAAGUAUCUUCGGGACAUGGACAAACAGGUACGAAUGGCGGCUCAAAAUGCGCUGAUAAUGCUGAUAAAACGAGGCCUUCUUGAUAACAACACUAUCGAGGACGAAAUCGGCCCCAUAGUAGAAAUUUUGUCCUAUAUGUCGGCGGACUUUCUGAGCACGAGCGUCUCCCUCAUGUGUAAACUGGCACCGCUGAUUGGUAAAGAACUCACAGAAAGGAUCUUUCUGGACAGAUACAUCGAAAUGUGCGAAGAUGACGAUACGACGGUGAGAAAAAUAUGUGCUACUCACUUUGGGGAAAUGUGUGCCGCUGUAAGCAGGAAGGCACUAUUUCGAAAAUUGUUCCCCACAUUCAUCGAUUUAUGCGGCGACAAAGUAUGGGGUGUGCGAAAAGCGUGCGUCGACGUGAUGAUGCCGGUUUCUUGUUGCUCGACGUUGGAGCACCGUCGAUUGUUUCUCGCGGAAAUACUGGCAAAGCACCUGAAGGACGAGUCAAAGUGGGUGCGAAUGUCGGCCUUUCAGAUACUCGGUCCGUUCAUAUCGACUUUCGCCAAACAGUUCACUGAAGUCACCUACAAUCAGCAUGGCGAGUUGGUAUAUACCAGUACGCAGGAUAAUUACUUUAGUGUACGUUACCCAUACGAACAUUUUAUGUUCCCUAUAAAGUGCAUAAUGCGAAAUCAAACACCUGAUAUGGAUGAUAAUGCCAAAGGUACUUCUUUCAACAUGUCUGAAAUAAGUAUGAAAUCCUCCAUAACGGAUUCCUGGGAAAGAAAUGAACAGAAGAAUGAUUCCACGGAACGAUCACGCUGCCUGUUAUCUAAAGACAAGUUACCUAUACAAAUGCGACGGUUGAAUAUUCUAUCAUCGUCUCUGAAAAAGAAAGUUGCGGACGAGACCGAGAAAUACAAUCCAUUUUUAUAUUAUUAUAUUCCUCCAGAGGCGCCGUUGGAUGACGAACUCAUUCAUGCCGCAAGGCAGUCGGCGAUGAAUCGUAAUAAUGCUGAGAAAGUGGCAGCAGCGAAAGAAGAUGUCAUCGACAAGAAUAGUUCGCCUAGUUCUUCCAAAAGUACAUCCUCGAGCUUGAAUAACGAGGUGGAGCAGGAAGAGAAGAAAGAGGAGGAAGAAGAGGAAGAAGAGGAGGAAGAGGAGGAGGAGGAGGAACAGUUAAAUACGGAGAGUCGGUCAAACGUAGAUAAAGAAAAAGAUAAUGACGAUUAUUCUUUAUCGUCGCACGACACAACCGAAUUAUUGGACGACACGCUUUACAUAUGGAAUCUCUCCAUGAACAAAAGCAGCAUCGCCUUUAGCUUCAAUAACAAUUUAGAUUCGACGAAUAGUCAAGGAGGACAGGACAUCGUACCUCAGGAGUUGAUCAGGCAGUUCGUGUCGAUGGUCGACCCGGAGCAAUGCGCAGACAUGGGCUCCGAGAUACCGCAUCAUUGUGCCUUCAGUUUUCCCGCUGUCGCGCUCACGCUGGGUAGAGAGAAGUGGAAUUGUUUGAAAAAAGCUUAUCAAUCGUUAUCAAGCGCGAAACAGUGGAAGGUCCGGCGUACACUAGCAUCCAGCAUUCACGAGAUUGCUCUGAUCCUAGGCGAAGAACUCACUGCCACCGAUCUCGUGCCGAUCUACGACGGUUUUAUCAAGGAUUUGGACGAGGUCAGGAUAGGUGUACUCAAACACCUCGCGACUUUCCUGAAGAUACUCAAGCCUACCGAUCGCUGCCAAUAUCUGCCAAGAUUAAGCGACUUCCUCGUCACGGACAACGAAUGGAACUGGAGGUUCAGAGAGGAACUGGCUACCCAAUUGCUCGAGGCUGUGACUCUGUUUAGCCCAAACGACGUAGCCAAAAGGAUCGCACCAUUGUCUCUUCAGCUACUCGUGGACAAGAUCGCCGCUGUCAGGACUGUUGCACUUGACCUGGUCACUCGAAUUGUAUCUCACUUGUCCAUCGACGACGCUCUGGUAACGUCACUUAUCCACGAGCUUCGUGACACCUUAGUUCCAAAUAGCAAAAAGUGGAUACGCCGGCAAACAUAUGCGAUCUUGUGCGCGCACCUACUCCGCAACGGUGCCAUCGCGGGAUGUAUGUUUAUUAAAGAGAUGUUACCAAAUUUGAUAGGUUUGUCAUUCGACAGGGUACCAAAUGUAAGAUUAGCCGUAGCGAGAACCUUAGCGAAUAACGUGAGCACGAUGGGUUUAGCUGGUCUAGGUGUGGAACGAAUGGAACAAGUGGAUAGAAUACUAAAAAAAAUGCGCCUUGAUGCCGAUCGGGAUGUGCGAAUGUUGGCUGGAGGCGAGGAAUUAUUAGUGAAUACAGUAUCGCAAGACUGUGUCGUAGUGUCACAAGAUGAGAUGGAAGAGGAACCAAGGAACCAAGGAAUACUAUUGCAUAAUGCCGAAGUCAUUUACUGCUCACGAGCGAUGAAACGAAUGGCAGAAAACGAACUUUUUGUGUCACAAGAUGCGCCUCCGUUCUUCCAUACGAGUGACUAG